AUGAACAGCACCGAAAGCUACGGUCUUGGAAAAAAUAAACAAGGCCGUUUAGAGCCAGUUCUAGCACCUAAACAGCAUGAUCGUAGAGGUCUUGGACAGCAACCUGUUCCUGGACAUGAAGCUUCAGGUCAUAAAUGGAAUCCAGCAGAGGAAGUAAUAAUGUGUGUGGAAGACGUGAAAUGAAUAAGGAAUCCAACUUCCAAUACGCCUACGUUGGAAGAAAUGCAGAACUGGUUACAUCGGGGAUCUAAAAAAUUGAUCAUAGAUGAUGAAAUUGAUUUCCGUUGUGAAGAUAGAGUGCAAAAUAUUAUCAAUGCAAAAACAGUACUCGGUCAUUUGGAUAACGUUGAAGUGCGUCGAGCAAGGACACGUUGUGAUUCUUAUGAAUCAAUUCGUGGUGCAUUAUUCUUAAGUCAUGCUGCUGUUAAAAUGGCGAAUAUAUAUAGGGCAUGUAACUUUAUGUUUAUUAAACCAGAAGGUUUGGGGGAGAAUGAGUUGUUAUAUUUUGCAGAUGUUUGUACUGGACCAGGUGGUUGUAUUGAAUAUGUUCUAUGGCGAAAGAAAUGGCGUGCUAAAGGUUUUGGUCUUACUUUAAAGAAUGAAAAUGAUUUCAAAUUAGCAGAUUUUAAUGCGGGACCUUGUGAAACAUAUCAUCCAUAAUAUGGACUAAAAGAAAAUGGUGAUGUUUUUGACCCAAAUAAUCAAGAGGCAUUUAUAAAUCUUAUAAUGUUGGAUAUCCAUGGCAAAGGAGUACAUUUUAUGAUGUCUGAUGGGGGAUUUUCUGUAGAAGGACAAGAUAAUGUACAAGAAAUUCUUUCAAAACAACUGUACCUUUGUCAAUGUGUAAUAGCAUUGAUGAUUGUAAGAGAGGGUGGUCAUUUUGUGACAAAAUUAUUUGACCAUCUUACACCCUAUAGUGCUGGUUUAGUUUAUUUAAUGUAUCGCUGCUUUAAAGAAGUUUGUAUUUUUAAAUCAAACUCUUCUGGACCAGCAAGUUCAGAACGUUACUUAAUAUGUUAGACGAAACGAAGUGGGACACAAGAUGUUGUGAAAUAUCUGAAGCAUGUUAAUCGUCUGCUUUUAAAAGGCGGUGAAAAUGACAACGUUUUACAAUUAGUAUCAUAUAAUGAAUUAAAAAUCGAGAAACAAUUUGUUCCAUAUCUACGUGCUUCUAAUAAAGAUUUGAGCAGAAAACAGAUAACAGGUGCAUUUUGCGAGGAUAAUACUCUUGUUGAGACAAAACAAACUGAUAUGCGCAAACAAUGUCAGGAGUAUUGAAAACUUCCUGAUGAAACUAGGACAACCCCAGGAAACAUGAAACCAAAAGAUAAAUACAAUACUCUUUUGAAAGAUACUUCAUUCCUUACUAUUAGUCAAGCACAAUUGAAGGAAUUUAACAUUCAAAAUGCAUUAUUGUUCACCAAACGACUGGUUUUGUAUUCAUAUAUUCAUAUAUUGUAG